UUUUUUUUUUUUUUCUUCUUCUUAUAUAUAUAUGUGCGCGUAUAUAUGUAUGUGUAUAUAUAACUAUGACGCCAAUUGAAACUUUUAAUAUUAAAAAAACUACUUCUUUUACAUCGAAGACACCAACAGCAGAAGUUUGUAUCAACCCAAUUACUGCAACAACUCAAUUCCAGUUACAAUGUCAGUUUUAUGUAGAUCCUCAAUCGACCAUCUUGGUAUCAAGGUACAAGAGUACUCAAACUGGUCUUACCGUUGUUCAUGUUGACCUUGAUAGUCCUUUGGUGAGUGGUUUCCUUACUGUGGCAACUGAGGCUUUUGAUGAUUGUGGACAUGCUCAUUGCGCAGAACAUCUUGUGUUUUUAGGUAGUGAACAAUAUCCUUACAAGGGAAUAUUGGAUUCAUUUGCUACUCGGGCUUUUGCAAGAGGCACCAAUGCUUGGACUGACAUUGAUCAUACCUGUUAUAAUAUCAUGACUGCUGGUAGUGAAGGUUUCUUACGAUUCUUACCUGUGUAUGUAGAUCAUAUUUUAUAUCCAACUCUGACAGAAUCUGGCUUCAAUACAGAAAUUCAUCAUAUCAAUGGCUCUGGUGAAGAUGCUGGGGUGGUUUAUUGUGAAGUUCAAGGACGCCAAAAUACUAUGUUUGAUAGGAUGCAAAGUAGAAUGCGACAAUUAUUAUAUCCAGAUGAAACUUGUGCUUAUCGAAAUGAACCUGGUGGCAAGAUGGAUUCCUUACGUCAACUGGAUAUUCAUCAAAUUCAAUCUUAUCAUCAAACUUACUAUCGUCCUGAUAAUUUGUGUAUUGUUAUUGCCGGAAAACUGGAUCCAUCUCAACUCUUUAAUACUUUGAAUGUCAUUGAUCAAAGUAUAUUACAACACGGUCAAUCUCCUUCUUCACAUCAUCAUCAACGUCCAUGGUCUUCCUGUCUUUCAAGUAUUCGUGAUUUAUCUCAAAAUGUUACCGAAACUGUACUCUUUCCUGAUCCUGAUGAAUCUAUGGGUGCUAUCAGUAUUUCGUGGCUUGGUCCUUAUGGCGAUAACUUUUUUGAAAUCAUGGCUAUUCAAAUGCUCAAUACGUAUUUGACUGAUUCUUCAUUAUCUCCAUUACAGAAAUUAUUGAUGGAAAUGGAUGAUCCUCUCUGUACUGCUGUUGAAUGUUCCCAAACUGAACAUGCUCGUACAUCUAUCACGAUUAAUAUUGAAAACGUUCCUACUGAUCGCGCGGAUCAAGUUAUACCUAUGGUACUGGAUCUGUUGAAUAAUAUGAUAAUUACUGGAAAUAUGGAUAUGGAUAGGAUGAUUACUUUGAUUGAAAGAGAAAGACUGAAGGUGAUAGAGGGAUUCGAAAGUCGAGCACUUUAUUGUGUUCCAUUCUCGGUGAUUAAUGAUUUUAUUUAUGGGCAUCCUGACGGACUGGAUCUUGAAGAAAGUUUACAAAGAAUCAAACCACUUGAUCGAUUGUACUAUUUUACCAAAAAUGAUUGGCUUCAUUUACUUAAGAAAUACUAUGUUAAUGGAUGCUAUGUUGCUUUGAUUGGAAAACCGUCUGCCUCCCUAGCUCAACAAUUACAAGAUGAAGAAACAGCCCGAGUGGAACAGCAAAGGCUGGAAUUAGGAUACGAUCGCUUACAACGACUUGCCACUCAAUUAGAAAUCGCGAACGAACAAAAUGAAAUAGAUAUACCUCCUCAUGUUUUGGACUCAUUUCCUAUACCCAAUGCUUCUGAUAUAUCCUCAAUCAACGUCAUUACUGCUCGUCAUCCUUCUCCGUCUGCUCAUUUACCCCAAUUCAGGAACGAAUUGCAAAAGUAUAUCGAAGCGGAUCAAGCGUCUAUACCCUAUGCCAUACAGUAUGACCAUAUACAAUCUGCUUUUACAACCAUAUCCGUCUAUCUCAAUACUGGUGAUAUGCCUAGUUCUCUUCGUCCCUACGGAAGGCUUUUUAUGGAAUCUUUUUUCUCUUUAUCAAUGGGUGUCACUAAUCAAAGCAAACCUCCAACGUCAUCUGAUGACCUUAUUCGCCAACUCAACAGGGACACCAUUGAUUACCGUAUCAUGCAAGGACGUGGUCCUAUUUUCCGUGAAUAUAUCGUGGUCUCUUUGAAAGUCGAGACUGACAAAUAUCAACACGCUGUACAAUGGCUCAAUGAUCUCCUAUGGCAUACUGAAUAUACCGCGGAUAAACUCAAGAUGGCCGCAAACAAGAUUUUGAAUGAUAUACCUCAAACUCGACGAGAUGGAAGAAAGCUUGCAGAAUUGGUGAUGCAAGCAUAUCAACAUGAUAUUAAGAAAUCAACAGAUGCCGCAUGUGGAUAUCUUUAUCAAGCCAAAUUUCUAGUCGACAUUUUGGAAAAAUUGGAAGAUACUUCAUCAUGUGAUCUAUUGGACGGAUGUCAUCAAGUGCUACAAGAUAUACAAACAUAUCGGAAAACAAUAUGUAAAAGGGAAAACAUCCAAGUUCAUGUAAUGGGAAAUAUAUUUGGAACAAAUCAACCAAAAUCUGCGUUCAACAUUUGGAAAAAUCAGCCAACACAUGCUCCUUUUGCCCCGAUCACUAGAGCAAAAGACGUACUUAGUCAUCAUGGUCGAAAUAUGGGUCAUAUUGCUGUUAUGAUCAAACAACCCUCAAUGGAAAGCACAUGCUCUCUUCAUACAGCUCCAGGGCCCUCUGAUUUUGGAUCACCAGAUAUUCCUCCAUUGAUGGUAUUGAUAGAAAUGUUAAACACCAUUGAAGGUGUGUUUUGGAGAUUGAUUCGUGGAAAAGGACUUGCGUAUCGAUGUUGGAUAAUGGAAAAUAUUGAAGCUGGAUCACUGUCAUUAUGGAUAUUGCAAUCACCUGAUGCAUUCAAGGCAUAUGAACAAAUCAAGAACGUGAUGGCUCUGUAUGCUGAUGGGCAUGCAAAUUUUGAUGAACACUCCUUGGAGGGAGCAAAAAGCAGCAUUAUUUUUGAUCUAGCGCAAUCUGAAGCAACAGUAUCUAUCGCAGGUGCUCAUUCAUUCAUCAAUCAAGUACUACGGCAAAAUCAACCUGAAAAGAAGGUAUUCUUACAAGCCAUCCAAUCUGUCACUUUGGACGAUAUAGAUCGUGUCCUACACAAGUAUCUUUUAGCUCUAUUCCGUAUUGAUCAGUCUAAUCAUGUGGUUGUCAGCUCACCGACCAAGGUGGAUGAUAUUUUGACUGGAUUUCGUUCUAUUGGUUUCCCCAUGACCCAAAUUAUUCCAGAUGAUAUCUACUCUCUUCCCUUUGCUUCCUCUUCUUUAUCAUCAUCGUCAUCAACAUCAUCCUCAUCAUCUAUUUUGGAAUCAUCAUCACCUUCGUCCUCAUUAUCUGAGUCCUCCCUUACUCCCACCUCUUCUUUAUCAUCCUCUCCUUCUUCUUCAGCAUCUAUCUUUCCUUCUCCAUUACUUUAGUUUUUCAUCAUCUCUCUUUUCCCUGCCUUCCACCACCUUAUUAAUGUCUUGAACCGAAUAAAGUUUUUUUUUUUUUU